AUGAAAUAUGCUGUUCAAACAUGUUCGUUGUCAUCAAGAUGGGAGUUUCUCUGGACAUCAAUGCCUUGUCUUAACUUGUCAAGUAGGGAGUUUAGCUGUUUACCAAAGUUUGCCAAAUUUGUGAAUCAUGUUUUGACUCACCGCAACCAUCAAGUAGAAGUGUCUUCUGUAAAGCUACAUUUCAAUGGAGCAGCUAGUCAGGUUUUCGUGAGAAAAAUUGCAAGUUAUAUGUUCUCUCACAAUGUCCAACAACUAACUGUUGUUUGUUUUCCCAAAAAACACCAUGAAUUCCCUCCUUCCCUUUUUAGCUCUCAGACUCUUAAGCAUUUCACAUUGAGUAACCGCCCUCUUUAUACUUCACCUUGCCUUACACCCAAAACACCUUGGGAUUUUCCAGCUUUAGCAACUUUGCAUCUUAGCCACAUCACAUUGUGUGAUGAUCACACCGAGAAGUCUGUUGAUCUUUUCUCCAAAUGUGUAAACUUAAAGAACCUCACUUUGGAGUGGUUCACUGUCGAGGCUAUUGACAUCAUUACCCCUCGACUUUCUAAUCUCGUGCUUAUCAAAGGCAGACGCUCAUUGGUCAUCAACCUGGUUGCACCUCAACUUGAACAUCUCACAAUAAUUGAUUGUUCAAUCGAUUACUUGAAUGCUCCACCAGGGCUUUCAUCUUUGUGCUACACGGGUGAUCUUCCUCAACAAUUCUCCAAAGAUGGAUUUCAUUCUCUGAACAAAGUGUCUAUCUGUUGUGAUAUGUAUAGGCAAUAUAAGGAGAAAGUGGCACGCAAGGCUAUUAAAAUGCUUCAAGAGCUCCACAGUGCCAGAUAUCUCACACUUAAUGUGGACUUUAUUGAGUGUCUUUCCUCUUAUCCAAAUUUAUUAUCACACCAUCCAUCACCUUUUAGCAGCUUAAUCUGCUUGACUAUAGACUCUAGCAUGAGGAAUGAUGCAUACAAUGUAAAAAUGUCUACCGAAGCUAGAAACUUCUUUCUUGAGAACUCUCCAAAUGCCACAUUCAUCAUGGAAUUACCCGAGCCUCCACCUACAAAAGCAAUGAAGCAGAAAGAAGCUAGGGCAAAAAAGGCUAAACGCGCUGCAGAGAUUGCAAUCCAUAUGACAGAAUUCCAGGCAUUGUUAGAUCAUGAUAAUAUGAAUGUUGAGCGAACACAAGCAAAGGAAAAGGUUAAUGUUACCCUUGAGAAGCUCAUGGCACAAUCAAAAGCUCAAGUAGGGAAGAUGCAUAACCAGACUGAGAGACUUAUGGCAGAGUUUAAGAUCUGUGUGGAAGAGGUGCGGGAUUUGGUUAAUGAAGAAGAAGCAGAAGUUAAAGCAAUCAUUUCAAAGGGAACCCUAAUAAGAUCAUUACUGGAAGAUAUGCCUAAGAGAGAGAGGACAGAGGUCGAAGCACGCUACUCUCGACAGCUUGAAGAAAUAGAAGCACAACAUGUUCGUCUAGCCUCUAGGCUUGUGACUUUAGAAGGAAUCUUAGCUUGUGAACAAUUCAUGUCUCAUUGCAUCUCAAAAUAUCUGGCAUCAUCUAAUUCCUCCACAACAAUUCCUACACCCUCCACAUCGAGCAUCAACCCUAUGCCGUGAACCACCCACCCAGGGAUGUUAAGGAUUAUGCCAAUAUGAAGAUGUUAGUCCUCAUUGGAUUCAUGAAAAAGUCGGAUGUAUCAUCGUUUGAAUUGGGUUUUGUUACAUAAAUUAAUGAAUCUUACUCUUUUGGUUCUUUUUUCUACAGAUUUUUUUUUAUUACUAUAUGCCUUAGCGAAUGUUAAUGAUUUUUUUUUAAAGAUUACAACACAAAAACUCAGUUCUUUACAACAAUGUCACUCCUUGCAAUAAUGUCAC